AUGGUGCAGCUGUACAAUUUGCACCCGUUCGGCUCGCAGCAGGUCGUGCCCUGCAAGCAGGAGCCGCAGCUCUUCUGCUGCGGGCGGGACGCGCUCUUGGUGGCGUGCGCGCCUGGCGCGUGCAGGGUGGAAGCCUUCGCCGCGGGCCGCUCGGAGCGGUGCGAGCCGCUGGGCUCCUUCCAUACCUUGGGCCGGGUCACGCGGGUGGCGUACAGCGAGGCGGGUGACUACGUGGUUACUAUUGAGGAGAAAAACAAGGCCCUCUUCUUGCGAGCUUACGUGAACUGGAGGUGCCUGUCGGCUGGGAGCUCUCGGGUGUGCGUGCGGAUGUUGGGCCACAAUCCACACGCUUCCUGUCCUGAAGCUUCUAAAGAGCAGAUGUCCAUUAUAGAGAUGCCUCUUUCAGACCCUCCAAUAUGCUUCUCUUGUUGCCCUCUCAAGGGAGAUCUCCUCGUUGGGUGCAAGAAUAAGCUGGUCUUGUUCUGCUUGAAGCAACUGGUGGUGAGCCAGGACCUGACUGUAUUGGACUUUGAACGCUCCUUGAUUUUGCACGUACAGAACGUCACCCCUGCAGAAAUUGCCUUUUGUGCUGGGUACGUAGCCAUCACAGCAGAACUGGAAGUCCUAAUUCUCAAGCUGGAACCGAGUGAGAAAGCGGCGGACAGUAGUGGACCGCAUCGCCCUGAAUCCAUGGUAUCAGAAGAAGUUUGCAAUGAAAGUACGUUAGAAGAAGCAGAUUUUUCUCAACAGCCUGACUGCGAUGACUUUGUUAUCUGUCAGCAGCCCGUGGAGCUUCUUGGGGAAGAAAGUGAGUCAUGCGGAAUACCAGUUACUCUGGAGUCAACGGGUUUAGUCAGUGAGAAUCCGCACUUUCAAAUGCAGUACAUUCUAUACAGGCGGUUUGCUCCAGAUCUGUCUUCAUUUGUCUUCUCCUCUGAAGAAUCCAGACUGCAUUCUCUUCAGCUGCUACCCAUGUAUGAGAUGGGGAGUUCCAUGAAAGCUGAGGGAAGAGAGACAACCAAGCGAGAACUGCUGAGUCUUUUCUGUUUCUUCUCUCUGCCUCACGUUGGGUACCUCUAUGCAGUCGGCAACUUAGUGGAGCUGAUUUCUACGUACCAUUAUUCAGAGAAGUCCCAGCAGGCGGUUCUGACACCCCAGUUCCUACAUGUCAUCACAAGCAACAACCUGCAGUGCUUUACAGUAAGAUGCAGUGCGGUGGCAGCUCGUGAUGAAGAUCCAUACAUUGAUACAACCCUCAAGGCUUGUCCCCCAGCGCAAUUAGACGUUUGUACCUUGAGAAUGCAGCUCUUUAUAGGGCUGAAAGCUAUUUCUCAUUUCAAGAACCAUGUCGUUGUUCUGACAAAGGCAGACACUGAGGACUUUACCGAGAAGAAAAAGCCCUCAAGAAAAUUCCUCUCACGAAAGGCCAACAACCAGCCCAAGAUUCCGCCAGAAUCUGAACCAGGCUGGAAUCUAUACAUUGUGAAGACAGCUUCAACUCUUCAGCUGUAUAGAGAAAUGGUUGACUACAGCAAGAGCUAUGAAAAUGUGAGAACGGAAAGUUGCAUCCACCUUCUCAGCGAGGCUCACUUGUUAGUCAGGACGGCUUUGAUGGACCCUGAUUUGAAGGAAUCGGAAGAGAAGGAACACCUCCUCACAGCAUUUCGGGAAAGUUGUGCUCUCCUAGGAGAUUGUUAUAGCAGGUUCGAUACCAAAGAUUUCCACCUUGCGCUUCCUUACUACAAGAUGUCUGGUCUAUCCAUGACUGAAGUUUUGAAGAGGGUAGAUUUGAGCUGUGAUAUUGAAGCACACAAGUACGGAAAGGGGUUUAUAUUUUACUUGCAACAUGUCCUUUAUGAAGACACAAAUGAGGAGCUGAGUGAAGACGUGGCAGCAAAAGUACUCCAAAUAUUCUACCUUGCUGAGCCGAACCAGAUGCCCCACGUCGUCUGCAGUCCUUGCACCAAAAACAUAUGUCCUAAAAUGGCGAUGGAGUAUCUGGAGAAGGUGGAGAUGUUGGUGCCGUCAGUGGUGGUGACCCUCUGCAAAUCUUCUCUGGCUCUGAAGAUGGGAGAUCAAGACAGAUGCCAGAAGGAACUGGACAGCUAUGCAGAGAUGAUCCAGGUGUGUGGUUUUAUUGUGGAGCCAAGACUCCUGAGGCAGCAAAUUAAAGGGCAGAUCAGUCCAACCGAACUCGCUGUCCACCUGCGGGAGACGAGACCUGGAUUUCUCGUGGCUUCAGUAUUGGCUUUACACGAGAACAGUAAAAUGGAAUUGGAAGAAGCAGACUCUUACAUCAAGAUGCUGAGUGCCAAGGAUGGAGACGGUGUUCCCCAGCUCUUGGUGGACUUCUGGGAAGCUCUCCUUGUAGCUUGUUUCCAGGAAGAAGUUGUGCAGGAACUGCAGUUUAAACUUGCUUCACAGUAUAUUAGGAGGCUGGGCAGGAAGCAGCUUCCCAAUACUAAGCCGCUGAAAACCACAGAAGAUCUGAUAAAUUCCUGUAGUCAUUAUGGGCUUAUUUUUCCUUGGGUUACAUUCAUGAUGUCAUUAGCACCUCCUUCGGAGCAGAACUCUUCUGAGGACCUUUCAAAAUUACAGUCUCUCUUAUGCAGUCCACACAUCAAUAUAACUCCCGUUCUGUCAUUUCUGGAAACCCUUCCCGACGAGACCAUUUCCGGUCUAAGCAUCCACAUUCUUUGCAAUACUCGGUUAGGGCAGUACGAGACAGCGAUCAACAAGCUCUUGGAGAGGUGCCCUGAAGCGGUCAUCCCUUAUGCCCAGCAUGAGUUGAAAGAUGAGCAUCAGGCUCUCUGGUGGAAAAAACUCCUUCCUGAGCUCUGUAGAAGAACCAGACACGCUGGAGGCAACUAUCCUGUCCUCCUGUCUUCUCUGAAAGAAACAUUAUCAGUCCUUGCCGUGGAACUGGAACUGAGGGACUUCCUAAAUGUUCUGCCAGAAGAUGGCAAUGCAGCUUUUUUCCUGCCACACCUCCUUCAGUGCAGCAGGAGAAGACAGGUGACCUGAAGGCCACAAGAAGCUGUGUGGGACCUUCAAGGAACUU